AUGCGCGCCGGCCUGUGCACUGUGAGCGCCCCAUUGGCCGCGUGCACCCCCGCAGCCCUUCCUCCCACAGCCAGGUUCCUGGCGCUGCAUUUGCUCAACCAGCAGACGCUGUACUUCGUCGUGCAGGCCAAGAGUAGGGUGAGGGAGCUGUACCAGCAGACAUGCAAGCACUUCCAGCAGCAGGGGAUGCUCGAUACCGAUCUGUUCGGGUUGGCUCUCAUUUGUGAUGGCGAGUACCUUUUCGCAGAACCUGAGAGCAAACUGUCUAAGUAUGCCCCGAAAAGCUGGCGGUCCUCACACAGCCAUGGCUUGGAUGCCAACGGUCGACCAGCAUUGGCAUUCUACUUCCGAGUGCAGUUUUACGUCGACAGUCCCUUGUUGCUGCGGGACGAAACCACCAGGCACCACUACUACCUCCAGCUGCGCCUCAACACGGCCUCAGGGGCGGCUGGCAACCACACCGCCCCAUUGGCCGGCCUUGCCCUCCAAUCGGACCUCGGCGACUGCGCAGACGACGACCGUACCACGUUCCGCCCCGAGGACUACGUACCGCCCCACAUGCGGGCGCCCGCCCACCUCAGGGCGGUGGUGGCCGCCCACCGCGCCCACCGAGGAAUGGGCAAGCUCGAGGCCAGGGGGCGGGUCAUAGCGGAGGCGGGGCGACUGCAAGAGCCUGUCAACGCCCACUUGUUCAGGUUGAAAGCCUCAAAAUCCGAGCCGCCACCGGGCUCCCUUCUUCUGGCCGUCUGCCCGCGUGGUCUCAAGGUCAGUCCCGACAACAAUCCCCCCUCCAUCUUCCUGUGGAGCAGCAUCGGCAAGCUGAGCUUCGAGCGCAAGCGCUUCGAGAUCCGCACCGGGCACGAGAAGCUCACCCUGUACACGAGCGGCGACGAAAAGAGCCGACUGCUUUUGGCGCUGUGUCGAGCGGCGCAUCAGUUCAGUAUGGCGGUGGCGCCCAGACUGAGCGCUGCCAAGAAGGAGCAGGAGGAACGGCAUUGGGACAACUGUGGACAACGGGUGUCUGUGAUUAGUUCUACGUCCUCUAACACCACGUCAGGCAUCGUUAGCGAUCGCGUCCAUUCAGAGGACGAACUCGAAAUAAUGAUAACCACCCCUCCGGCCCCCUCCACUGAAAGUCUGGCUCUGGCACACCUGCUGGACAGCGCGCCAGCCAGCAGCCGGACGUCGGCCGCCUCUGCUUGCGCCGUCCUCAAGGAGGAGGGGGAGGAGGAACGGGAGGAGGGGGAGAAUAUGGAGGAGGAGGAGCGAGAAGAGGAGGAGGAGGAGGAGCGGGAGAGUUCGACGAAGGCGAGUGGCAAGUGCGCGGGAUCGCAAUGCAGCUCGUCGUGCAGUACGGUCGUGGUCACUCCUGUGCAAGCUAAACCUAAAGGUCGGAGAACUUCGACCACCAGCAGCCUGGAGCUGGGCUACUCCCACACCGCUCAAAACUCUGCCCUGAGCGACGCCACCUGCAUAGAACUCGACCCCAGAGGAGAACCAGUAUACGCCCCUGGUCCUGCUCCCAGCAGCCACACCAGCGGCGUGUACACGCUAACCUCCAGCGAGCAGUACACGCACAGCUCUAGCGACAAUUACACCGUUCCUAGUGAACAGUACACGCACAGCUCUAGCGGCAACUAUACCGCUCCUAGUGAACAGUUCACGCACAGCUCUAGCGGCAACUAUACCGCUCCUAGUGAACAGUACUCUACUGCGAGCGACAACUAUACCGCCCCAAGUGAACAGUACUCUACGGCGGGAGACCAUUUAGACGGAGCUUUCAGGGUGAGGGCGGACAGCAAUGUUAGCAACUGCGGGUCCUUUCAUGGGGAUGGUAGCGACCCUACGGAUAACAAGCAUACUCUGCUGUCUGCCGAAGAGCUGUCGGAUUUGAUAGUGGGAAGGUAUCCUUCGAGGAAGAGCGUCAGCCAUACCUUGGACUCUGAUUCGGAUUACGUCACCUUGCCUUCGUCUUACCAAGGGUACGCCCCGGUACCUCCCAGACGAGUAGACAGCGCCCGACCACCUCCGCCCCCUUACGGAACCCAAUUCACCACCAAGCCCCACCCUACCGACGACGUCAUCGACAGCUGCCCUAGAAACCCACCCCCCUACCCCUACGAAGAAACCCCCGCCAGAUUCAUCACCACCAGGUCGCCCAGCGUCCUAACAGCCCACGCGAGUACAGUGGGCUCCACCUCCUCGCCCAGCUACUCCUCCCCCAACACGCUGGUACCGCCCAUUCCGCCCAAGCUGCCGCGGCCGGUGCCCAAUGGCAAGCUGGUGCCGUGCGCAUUUCUUCCCCCUCCACCGCCGCCUGUCGCUAGGCAACCACCCCCUCCACCUCCUGUGUAUCCGAGCCACUUGUCGAGGUCGCAGAUCGAGCAGUACCGCCAACAGAUGUUCAGCGACGUGGACUUCGUGGUGUUUCCGCUGAAGGAGCCGGCGAUCAGCAAGCAGGAGUACCUGGAGGCCAAGCAAGGGUCCCUGUUGGCUGCAUUGGCGCACCAGCCAGUUUUCUACAGGAGUACUCCGUAUCUGGGGCGAUACGCCUCCAGCCAGAAUCUCUCCGACACCUACGUGCAGCUGCCCGUUUACGCCUCGCCCAGCGCUUCAUCCACGGGGAGUUUGGACCCACCCCCGCCGCCCUUGCCGCCCAACAGGCCGGGCAGGUUUAUGCGUACUAGAUCGGACGACAAUAUUUUGAAUUCCUUGGAUGCCAAGCAGCCGCCCAAAUUCAGGAGGCUACCCCCACCCCCACCUCCGGGGCACCAACCCCACCCCUCCCAGGCCGUCGACAAGACUGCCCUGGACAUCCGCACCCUCAGAGAGAAGAGCAAGAAGAUGGACCUGCCCCUCAUUUCGGCGCUGUGCAACGACCGCUCGCUCAUCAAGCAGACCAAGGCCUUCGUGAUGCCGAAGCACCCUGGCGAGAUGCCGCCGCGCGCCAGUCCUGCCAGGUGCAAGUAUCCUGUUUCGGGACUGAGCAGCGCCAGGAUCAGCAAGGGGAGAAAGCAACAGGUGGUGAGUCAUCGACAUCCGGGAGACAAACUGCCAGAAAUUCCUAGGGCCACCCCCAAUAAUUACGUGGUUACGGACCCGAGGGCAAAGCGUAAGGGGGUGCAUCAGUCGCAGUCGUGA